GCAGCGGUGUGCUGGCUGGAUCCCCCACCGAAAACAGCAGCAACUGUGCGGGUGUGACGGGCCGGAGCCGCGCUCACACCGACGGUUUCGGUCGGACCUCUCCUUCAGAAUGGGCGGAGCCGUGAGUGCCGGCGGAGACAACGAUGAACUGAUCGACAACCUGAAGGAGGCGAACUUCAUCCGCUCGGACCUGGUGGAGCGAGCCUUCAGAGCCAUCGACCGGGCCGACUACUACCUGGACGAGUACCUGGACAACGCCUACAAGGACCUGGCUUGGCGCCAUGGAAACAUCCACCUGUCGGCGCCGUGUAUCUACUCCGAGGUGAUGGAGGCGCUGGACCUCCACCCGGGCCUCUCCUUCUUGAACCUGGGGAGCGGGACCGGAUACCUCAGCACCAUGGUCGGGCUCAUUCUGGUGGUUCCAGGACCUUUUGGAGUGAACCACGGCGUAGAACUCCACGCCGACGUCAUCGAUUACGCCUACCAGAAGCUAGACUCCUUCAUCAAGACCAGCAACAGUUUUGACAAGUUCGAGUUCUGCGAGCCGUCCUUCGUGGUGGGGAACUGCCUGGAGAUCCCUCCGGAGACCCGUCACUACGACCGGGUCUACUGUGGUGCCGGGGUCCAGAAGGAGAACGAGGAGUUCAUGAAGAACCUGCUGAAGGUGGGGGGCAUCCUGGUCAUGCCCCUGGAGGAGAAGGGCGGCCGGCGAGGGGGAGCCGGCGGCCGGCGAGGGGCGGGCUGGCCGAGGAGGAGCCGGUGGAGGAGGAGGACGAGGAGGAGAGGCAGGAGGAGGAAGAGGAGGAGGAGAAGGAGACGGGCGAGCUGCUCCGCCCCCAGCCCAUGGUCAACGUGCUGAGGGAGCGCAUCCUGAGCCUGCCGCUGCCCGAACCCCUGAAGAUGUACCUGCUGUACUACAGGGAGAAAUGAGCCGAAGGAGUCCUGACCCACAGCCGAAACUACAGCUGAAACCCACAGCCAAAACCCACAGCCAGACCCACAGCCGAAACCCACAGGUGAAACCCUCAGCCUGACACACAGCUGAAACCACAGCCGAAACCCACAACCGAAACCACAGCCUGACCCACAGCCGCACCCACAGCCUGACCCACAGCCGAAACUACAGCCGAAACUACAGCUGAAACUCACAGCCAAAACCCACAGCCAGACCCACAGCCGAAACCCACAGCCGCACCCACAGCCUGACCCACAGCCUGACCCACAGCCGAAACCCACAGCCGGACUCACAGCCGAAACCACAGCCGUAACUACAGCCAAAACCCACAGCCGAAAAUACAGCUGGAUCCACAGGCCGACCCACAGCGGAAACCCACAGCCAGACUCACAGCCGUACACACAGCCGAAACCCACAGCCGAAACCACAGCCGGACUCACAGCCGAAACCCACAGCCAGACCCACAGCCGAAAAGACAGCUGGACCCACAGCCAAAACCCACAGCCGAAACUACAGCCGGACCCACAGCUGAAAUCCACAGCUGGACCCACAGCCGAAACUACAGCCGGACACACAGC